AUGAUGGAGACUUCCAUGGGGAAGCCGAGCUUCUUGCGGAAUAUCAUGGUUCGUGUGCUUCUCUUUGGCGUUCUGAUCAUCGUUGUUCGAUUUGCUUAUGUUGUGACCAUCACUGGAGAAUCAUGCAAUCGCGGCGACUUCUGCUUCUUCUCUCUCCCUGAGAAUCUCAACUUCGUCAUUUCCGGCGCUGGUUCCGGCGCCUCUGCUAUCGACGCCAUCAGAUCUACCUCCGUGGGGUCCCCGAGCGAUGAUCUGUACACCAGCAGGGAUUGGAUCAAAGCCGUUCAGUUUUACUCCUCCAUCUUUCAGGAUCUGAUCGCCGACGGUUAUCUCUCGCCGGAAUCGAAGACGCUGUGUGUAGAAACGGCUCUUGGGCAAGAGGUUUUCUCACUGAGAGAGAUUGGGGUGAAGGACUCGGUCGGGAUCUCUAAGAAAGCUUUUCGGCCGUUGGUGGUGAGAGGCGAAGGACACGCUGUGCCCUUCGAGGAUAAGACAUUCGAUUUCGUCUUCUCCGGUGGUGGGCGCCUUGGGAAGUCGUUGAAGCAGUUGGAGUUUGCCGACGAGAUUACUCGAACCCUGAAACCCGAAGGGUAUGCGGUGGUUCAUGUUGGUGCUACGGAUACGUACAGUUUCAAUUCAUUCCUUGAUUUGUUUAAUUCUUGCAAAUUGGUGAAGAUGCGUGAUAUAGAUGGCUUUGAUACCUCGAUGCCUCAUAUCAGAGAAUUUGUUAUUCAGAAAUACUCCGAGAUUGAAGCCGGUGAUCAUCACAGGAACGGUGAUUCCGGUGGUGGCAAGUGCUGGAUCCCUGGCUACAAGAGAGAUUUGAUUCGGGAUGCAGAGCCACUGAUUAAAGAGGAGCCUCUAAAGCCGUGGAUUACCCUCAAGAGGAACAUAAAGAACAUCAAGUACCUCCCUUCCAUGGUAGACAUACGUUUCAAGAGUAGAUACGUAUACGUCGAUGUUGGUGCUCGAAGUUAUGGAUCAAGUAUUGGGAGCUGGUUCAAGAAAGAGUACCCGAAGCAGAACAGAACUUUUGAUGUGUUCGCCAUCGAGGCUGACAAAGCCUUCCACCAAGAGUAUAAGGUGAAGAAGAAAGUGCAGCUGUUGCCAUAUGCAGCAUGGGUGAGGAAUGAGACGUUGUCAUUCGAGAUCAAUCACGACCCGGGGAAGGAAGCCGAAGCCAAAGCAAUGGGCAGGGGAAUGGGCAGAAUCCAGCCAGCUAAAAGAUCCUCCUCGAGCUUAGCUGGAGAGGUCAAUUUGAUUCAAGGGUUUGAUUUCGCUGCCUGGUUGAAGCAGAGUGUGAGAGAGAGGGACUUUGUUGUGAUGAAGAUGGAUGUUGAAGGAACCGAAUUCGAUCUAAUCCCCAGGCUCAUCAAGACGGGAGCCAUUUGCCUGAUCGACGAGUUGUUCCUCGAAUGCCAUUACAACAGGUGGCAGAGAUGCUGUCCUGGUCAAAGGAGCCAAAAGUACAACAAGACGUAUAACCAAUGCUUAGAGCUCUUCACUUCGCUCAGACAAAGUGGGGUGCUUGUCCAUCAAUGGUGAUGUAAAAAUGUUAUGUUCCAGGAUCUUCUACAGAGCCAAGGCUGUAAAUGGGGGGGCAAUGCAAAUGCCUUGAAUCAGGCUUACAAACUUAUGACACAACCUAAACUUUUAAUAAGAGCGACAAAUCGAAAUGAUUUGGUGAAGAAGAAGUUGGAUUUUAUUUCGCUGUGGAUUAUAAAUAAAGGAGCCAAAGGAGGAGAAUCUGUCGAGCCAGGUUUCUUUCAUGCUUGUCUGUUCUCGUUUCCCUUCUUUAUCCUCCUCUCCUCUUCCUUUGACUUCUUUCCCCGCAAAGGCACAGGGCUGAUUGUGGAGAGUGGCAAGGAUGAUGUCCAUGAACAUGGAGAUGGCGAGGCUGAGGUUAGGGACUCAAAUGAUGGUGCCGUUAUAAGGUCCCGUGGAUCAUCCAAAAACGUUUCCAUGGCAAUCAAACAAGGGAAAAAAGGAAUAAAUCAAGACGCCAUGACAGUAUGGGAGAACUUUGGUGGGGAGGAAGAUAUGAUCUUUUGCGGUGUAUUUGACGGCCACGGCCCCAUGGGUCACAAGAUUUCUCGUCACAUAUGUGACAAUCUACCUUCAAGGGUCCAUUCGAAAAUCAGAUCUUCAAAAUCUGGCGGCAAUGAAAACGUAGAGAAUGAUAAUAGUUCACAGACUCAGGAGGGACUCUUGGAGGAAGUUCUGUUGACGUUCUUCAAGCAAAUAGACAGCGAACUUGGUCUUGACUCUCCUUACGAUAGUUUUUGUAGCGGCACAACUGCUGUAACCGUCCUUAAACGGGGUGACUGCUUGGUGAUCGCCAACCUGGGAGAUUCACGAGCGGUUCUUGGCACCCGUGGAAGCAAGAACAAUAUCAAAGCUGUCCAACUAACGGUUGAUCUGAAACCUUGUGUCCAGCGUGAAGCAGAGAGAAUAGUGUCAUGCAACGGAAGGGUGUUUGCUAUGGAAGAGGAACCUGAUGUGUAUAGAGUGUGGAUGCCUGAUGAUGAUUGCCCGGGACUCGCAAUGUCACGGGCUUUUGGUGAUUUCUGCCUCAAAGACUAUGGACUUCUCUGCAUUCCUGAGAUCUUUUGCAGAAAAGUCAGUAGAGAAGACGAGUUUGUGGUCCUAGCCACCGAUGGGAUUUGGGAUGUUAUGUCAAACGAAGAAGUGGUGAAGAUCGUAGGUGCCUGUAAGGACCGGUCAGUGGCAGCUGAGACGUUGGUUCAGAGAGCCGCUCGGACAUGGAGAACCAAGUUUCCAGCCUCUAAAGCUGAUGACUGCGCCGUGGUGGUGCUUUACCUGAACCACCGGCCAUACCCAAGAGAAGGAAACGUGAGCCGAGCGAUCUCGACUAUUUCCUGGAGAUCAAGUAAGAGCAAUAACGAGUGUUAUGGAUUGAUUCUACCACAAAGGGUUUCAUAGUGUUUACUUGUUACUAAUUGUUUAGUAAAAAUUGAAACGUUUGAACCUGUUGAGUGUGAGUCGAUGCUACGCAACAUCACGCUUUUGUUUGUUUGUAAAUUAAAUUUGUUUUCUAUGUUUUGUUCCAUAAAGCAAUUGAGAAACUAAAAUAAAAGUAGGCUGUACAAAAAGUAAUGGACUUUCUAGUUUUCUU